CCCAAGUUCAAUAUGACGUCAUCACGUGCAUGGAUGCAUUUCCGUUUAUAAACACAACACAAUUAUUCAAUGAUGCUCACGGCGCGGCAACCGCAUGAUAUUAAUUGUCGCCGUCCUUCAAAUAUAAUUCAAACCACUUCAAAGUAUUCAGUACAAUGUGCACAAUGUGUCUUGCCAGUUUUUAUCAGUUUGCCAACACGUAAUAGUUUUAUAAACAUGUUUAUUUAUUUAAUCUGAAAAUACUUUCGAAGAUAACCAAAGAAAAUAAUAAUUUUUCUCUAGGUAGAAUCACUCAUUAUCUACAAUGAAGUCCACAGAAGUGCUAACGUUUCUAUUUUUAUCAUGUGUGUGUUGCACCAGUGGUUAUAAAAUCUUGGGAAUAUUCCCUUUCGCUGCCCCGAGUCACUAUUUUUUAGGGAAUGAACUUAUGAAAGGGCUGGCUAGAGCCGGACAUGAAGCUACUAUUUUGACGGUUUUUGAAGAAAAGAAACCACCUAAUGAUAACUAUAAGCAGAUUUUUAUGGAUGGGUUCUACGAUCAACAAAUGCAGCUUUUUGGUCAUUUGACAAAUAUGUCUCAAACAGACAAUCGACAAUUCUUCAAAAACCCUCUCAAGGCGAUGUUCGGUUUCUUCGAAAUAUUGCACCAAAUAACUGAACAAACAUUAAAUCAUACAAAAACCCAACAAUUACUUCAAGCUAAACCGAAGUACGAUGUUGUUAUAGUUACUCAAUUCAACUUUGAGGCGGUAAAAGCUAUUGCUCCAUAUUUAGGAGCUCAUCUAGUGGUCUUUAACAACCAUGGUGCCGGUUCCUGGGUAAACCAUCUUGUAGGAAACCCAUCGCUACCGUCAUAUGCUGCAGAACUGAUUCUAGGAUUUACGGGACAAAUGGACUUUAAACAGAGAGUAAUAAAUACGAUGUUUUCUAUAAUGCAAUAUGGAUACUUCCAGAUCUUUCAAUAUCCACGACAUUCUGAACUAGUGCAUAAAUAUCUUUCAAAAGAUAUUGACAUUUACAAAGUUGUAUACAACAGUUCCUUGGUACUUCUUAACUCUCACAUCAGCCUGACCAAAUCCAGUGCUUUGGUACCUUGUAUGAGAGAUAUAGGAGGAUUUCACGUACAGCCUCCCAAAAAACUUCCAGAGGACUUGCAGAAAUACUUGGAUGAUGCUAAAGAUGGAGUCAUCUACUUCAGUAUGGGAUCAAAUGUUAAAAGUUCUACGUUACCUCUAGAAAUUAGGCAAGCUUUGAUGAAAGCGUUUUCAAAGAGAAAGGAGAAAGUUUUGUGGAAAUUUGAAGAUGAUAAUAUGCCUGGAAAGCCUGCCAAUGUGAAAAUUGAGAAGUGGCUGCCACAGUCUGACUUAUUGGCCCAUCCGAAUAUUAAACUAUUUAUAACUCAUGGAGGAUUUUUGAGUACAAUUGAGACGGUUUAUCAUGGAGUUCCAACUGUAGCUAUUCCUGUUAUCGCCGAUCAGAUGAAGAAUGCUAGACAGUCAGAAAGUGAUGGCUACACAAAAGUCAUAGAACUGCAACAGCUAACAGAAGAAUUACUUUCCUCUACUAUCGAGGAAGUAAUAUCAAAUAGAAAGUAUCGUGAUAACGUCAAAACCCGUUCAAAAAUCUUUCAUGAUCGACAAGUGAAACCGAUGGAUGAUGCAGUGUAUUGGAUAGAAUACAUCGUAAAACAUAAUGGAGCAAACCAUUUAAAAGUGAACUACCUCAACAUGCCUUGGUAUCAGUAUUAUUUAGUAGAUGUUUUUGUUGUUGUAUUUAGUGUUAUAUUUCUAGUGUUAUUUGUAAUCAAAAAAACUGUAUGUUUUAUGCUAAGAAAGCUAUGUAAAAAAAGUGAUAAAAUGAAAGUGAAAAAGCAGUAGACAGAUAAUAAAUUUAUUUAAAAAAUA